AUGAAGCACUAUCACGUCCGCAACUCGACGAGCGACUCCCUCCAGGCGUCGGCUAGCGACCUUUCAUGGGCCGACGCCUCGUUGCCUCGUGGGGAGAUCCUGACGCAUCAUUCAUGUGACCGGGGUUCGACGGAGAUGCAGUCGAUUGCCGGGUCGGCCGCGCAUACCUUGUUUGGACAGCAUUCACAAUGGCAUGUCCGAUUUCUUUGA